GUUCAACAAGCCAUUUCUGAAUGUGUCGAAAGUUGCGAGACAAAAUCCGAGCCAGAGUCGGUGACAGCCAGCGACACGUCAACCACACGGAAGAAGGUGUCUCGUCCAGCCUGUACCUACAUUUCUGACACAAGGAGCACAGUCCUGUCGAAAUGGGCGGUUUCUUCUCAAGUAUCUUUUCUGGCCUGUUCGGCACCAGGGAGAUGAGGAUCUUGAUCCUCGGUCUGGACGGUGCUGGGAAAACGACCAUCCUGUACCGACUACAGGUCGGAGAGGUGGUCACCACGAUCCCAACGAUCGGCUUCAACGUGGAAACGGUCACAUACAAGAACCUGAAGUUCCAGGUGUGGGAUCUGGGAGGACAGACGAGCAUCAGGCCCUACUGGCGAUGUUAUUACUCAAACACAGACGCUGUCAUCUACGUCGUUGACAGCAAUGACCGCGACAGGAUGGGCAUCUCUAAGUCUGAGCUGGUCGCCAUGUUGGAGGAGGAAGAGCUGAAGAAGGCGAUCCUGGUGGUGUUUGCAAACAAGCAGGACAUGGAUCAGGCGAUGACGCCCACCGAGGUGGCCAACUCUCUCGGCCUCCCCGCCCUCAAAGACAGAAAGUGGCAGAUCUUCAAGACCUCGGCCACGAAGGGCGUGGGCCUGGACGAGGCUAUGGAAUGGUUGGUGGAUUCCCUGAAGAGUCGGCAGUAAAAUGUCCCCCACCCUCAUUGUACAUAAUCCUGACCUUUUACCCCCUCGAUAUAUCGCCUUGUGACUGACCCCUCCCCAUGUCCCACUUACCUUUGGACAAGUGAUUGCACUCCUGCGCUCCUCAUCAUGCCCACCUGAAGCCAUGGCCAAGCCCUCCCAAUGCCUUCCAUGCCUGGGACUGAGAAGUGAGGGCUGCAGUAACGUCUGGUCUGAGCAUAUCUGUACGAAUCCAUUUGUAAUAAGUGUCGGCAUGUCAGAGUUAUGUUGUGAAUUCAGAGGAAUCAUUAAAUGAGGCUGUGUAAUAAGCCCGUCCGCCCCUCUGUAAAGUCUCCGAAAGCAGGAGGCGUCGUCGCAGGACACUGAAAAGACGCCAUGAAGAUCCAGCAGGGGGGAGGCUUUCACAUCAGAGGUGCCACAGUACAAAUGUCAGUCCCACUUCUGAGCAAAUGUUAUGCUGGUUCUUAGUUUGCUGGACCAUCCAUACUGAUCAGAAUUCAAUGUCCAAAAACCAACUAUGGAUAACACGAGUUUUGGUAAACAUUCUGCUGACCUGGUUGAAAUGUUCUGAAAUGGCAAAGUAAAAAUGAAUUUGGCUUCAAACUCUAAAUGUUUCCCUGCAUGUCUUCGAGCCACGUGUUACUGCAGCCCGGGCUGUUUUUGUACUAUAGUCAGGCAGAUGCACUGAUAUGGAUUUCUACCUUUUUUUCCUUUUCAUUUGUGUUGUUCCCUAUUUAGGAAAAAACAAUGUAGUAGUUAAAAGCAUUUUUCCAUUGAAAUCCUCGAGUGCAGCUUUGGCAUAUUAAUCAUUUAGUUACUGAACACUAACUGUAUGCUCAAAGUUUUAUGGUGGCAUAUUUAUAUCUGCUUGUACAGUGAAGACGAUUGAGUAAAGAUUGCUAUCGGUGAUUGUA